UUCUCCAUGGUCAUUCCAGCGAUUCGGUCGCGUUCCGGGUUUUCGUCAUCGUCGUCGCGGUGCUUUUCACUACAUUAUCCAGGUGUAUCUUCUUCCGUUGUUGCCGUGCUCUGUGCUUAGUGGAUUCCGGAUGUUUCGAUCCCUCUCUCUGACAGUAUCGUCGACUGCUGUCAAUUUUUGAAUAAUAGCAAAACUAACUAGAUCGCACGGGGGGAUUCCACAUUCCACCCAAGGUGUGGGCGAUUGAUUAGAGAAGAAAAUAAGCGUGUUCGGUUCCACGAUAAACAACAGAGCCGGUCAGUUGAUGUAGGUGAGAUCGCCAUCAUCAGGUGUGCCACCAGUCUCGGUGCGUGAGUGUUUGCCCCGCGAACUGAUCGUCGCGAAGCAUUUGGGUAGCGUCGUCGUGCGGUGCAUUCUAUUAUGCGCAAAGGUUUUCAGGUGUGCGUGAUGACUUUUGCGCUAGUGCUGCUGCGCCUUCUUGACAAAUAAUUAUGGCACGGUGUGCCGUCAAAUUUUGCUGAGACUUCGGCAAAUGAGCUCAUGAAUUCCUCCUGGUAACUUCUUCCUUUCGGAUGCAAGUCGUAAGUUUUGGGGGAGCCAAAGUUUAGUGAUUUCUAAGAGUUCUCGUUUUCGUAGUUUUCGAACCAUCUGGUGUGCUGAGGAGGUUGAUUGCUGAGCUCCACCAACGUGUUCCUCAGAAGAAAAGUGAAACCCAAGUUGUUCCAGUGCAAAUUGUGUGUGCAACAGUUGUGCGGGGAAAAAGUUUGGGCAGUGAGCAAAAAAGCAUGGGCGAGCUUGUGUGACAAGAUAAAGUAUAAUAUUAAAGGAAAAAAAACCGGAGCGAAGACCAAAGUUUUCGUGGCCUGCUAUACGAGAUGAUGAUGGGCCCACAAAGUUCAUGUAUGUAGAAGAAAAGUUGCACCCCUCCCUCGAACAAGAAAACUUGUUCCCAUAAAAAAACAACAAGCUGGCACCCAUAUGAAAAUGUGCAGCAGCAUGCUUGCUUGGAUGAUGAUGGUUGUUACCCCGGGUGAUUGUAAUUGAAGGAGGCGUAAAGUUGGCUAAGGAGUUUCAAAUUACGGUGCAGCCAAUAGAACUCGACCGAAAAAACCAAUCAGUCACUGAUUCGACAAAAGCUCAGCUGAAGCGAAAGAAAAGAAACGGUGAAGUCAGCAAUCUCAAGUUUGUUGACGAAGGAGAAACGUGAAGAAAGACGAAGUGAAACCAGCUCGUUCGGAGCGCGAGGGGCAACAUAGCGUAGUCAUUUCCGUUCGCCGUCGACGCCGUCUCAAGAAGGGAAAGGCAAACAGCAACCAACGAAAAGAAACCACAGAGACGUGGAAGACGACGACAACACAUGCAGAUCACGGCGUACGGGUAGAGCUUCUUGAAGAGAACGAUUUGACCGCGACCUACUCCGCUCGAAGAAGAAGCAGAGGAGGAGGCCUAAGCCGGAGCAUACAAAGGCAACACACAAAAAAGGAAACCCUCAUUCUCGGUCGCAAUGAAGCCGGUCUCGGGACGAGGUUCUAAUUGGCCGGCGCUGCUGGUGCUUCUGCUGGUGGCCGCCAUCGCAUUCGAACACACGGUCCUUGCCGGAGAUGACAGCUGCGGCGAGAAAUUUCGUGGCAAAUGCAGCUGUGGACUGCGCACGUACAACUAUCAAACCAAAUACGUGGUCAAUUGUACCGACGAGGGCUUCCGGGACACGAAUGUGCUCGAGUAUUUGCCAACCCAGACGGAGGUCGUCAUCUUCAAUGGGAACUACAUCGAGGAGCUGCCCUGGAAUGUGUUCGGAACCAUCAAUGAGCUGGCCAAUCUGUCGGUGGUCGAUAUGAGCAAUAAUCACAUCAGAGAAAUUCGGGGCAAAACCUAUCAUCAUGUGCCGAAUGUGAAGCGGCUGAUCCUGAAUCACAACAAUCUGAGCAUCUCCCGGUACGACAAUCCGGAGUUCAAUUUUCACCACCCGCGGGUUUUUUCCAACUUCAUCAAUCUGAUGGAGCUCCAUUUGACGAAUGCAUUUUCCGACAACACAUCAUCGGAACUGUCCUCAGACCUCCACGAUAUUUUCGUCAACAGUAAUCUAACGAAACUCACCAAACUGCACCUGGAGCAGAACGAAAUCUCCCAAUUUGACGAUAAGCGAGUGUUUUGUGAUCUCCCAUCGCUGCUGGAUCUUCAUCUGGGUGAUAAUUUCCUAACCGAAAUCAAUUUCAAUAUAACCUGCUUGAGGAGGCUCCGGUUUUUGGAUCUGGAACGUAACAAGUUCGAGUUCGUUAAACCCCGGGAUAUGGAGAUGCUGGAUGAGGUGCAGCGGAUUCAUGGACCUUCAACUAGUGUCCUGGUGGACUUUACCUACAAUCCGUUCAACUGUGACUGCGGCCUCAAUCCGCUGUACGAGUGGAUGCAUCGGACCAAUGUUACGGUGCGGAAUCGGGACAAUCUGAUGUGCUUCCGGAACCGGAAGCAUCAGGAGCCAAUCCUGACGCUGAACAUGAAGAAGUGUGCUAAGGUCCGUUCCGGUGGAAAAAGAGACCACACCGUCACUCUGGUCUUCGUGCUUAUCUGUCUCACCUGCAUCCUGAUCGUCCUGGUCGGUUCGCUAAUCUACAUGAGCAAGGACAAACUGAAGACGAUCAUCAGCCCGGUCGUCGAUCAGGUCUCGAAAAAGGUCCAAUACACUAGCAUCAAGGACGAGGAAGCACCGGAACAGUACGUAUGAUGCAGUGGGUUGAUCCAGCAAAGCGCCGGAGCACCACCGAUGGAGUUUGUCUAAAUCUCCAGAUACCACCCAAAUAUCCACACGUUUGAAGGAAGGACGAACUGUCUGCCUGAGUUGAAGGAAGCAAAAAAACUAAACAAAACAAAAAGUGAUCUGAAUCUAAUCAUAUCCACACGCGUUGGGCCUCCAAGAAUUUGUCCAAGUGUGAUGUGCCGUCAGUCCAGUUUCCUUGUUAGGGACCCACGCGCGAAGAUUGUAAAUAUUGGAAAAUUACUUAAAAGAAGACAAAUUUUAAACAAAAACAAUUCCAUUACUUAAGUAGUAGCUAAGUCCGAGUACUACACUACAUUUAUAGGCGUCGAAAAGUCGCAAAAUGCUGAAAGCAAAAUCAAAUUUAACUAGCUACCUAAUAUCAGUCAACACAGUCACAACUUUGUGUAGUUACUUCGAAACUGACUCUGAGUAGACUAUUAUUAACGAAAAAUACUUAGCUAGUAUUGAAUGUUUUAACUUGAUCUACGACCUAAUGUUGAACAUUAAAAAAAAUAUUAGAAAUUAAGAAACGCCAGGCAUGUAACUAGCAAAACAUAUUAGUAAUAUAUUAAGCAGAAAAAAAACACAAAAACUAGUGACUAACAAUCUUUCGUGCUAUGUUAGGAGUGAGAAAAUCAUUUGGAGUGAAAUUGAGCAAAGAGGGAACAGUAAAAAGAAGAAAAAAUGAAAAAGUGAAUCAUUUCGAUAUAUUUCGUUAAGUAAACUCGUUUUAUUAUUAUUA